AUGAAAAGCCCAACGUCUCAGCAAGGCCCACAGUGCCAGUUCAGCGGGGAGGCCUGCUCUACUGAUUCUCCACACUAUCGCAAGGUCAUUUCCCAUAUAUUUGGGAGGAAUAAGCGUUGUACUAUUGGAGUUCCCAAUUUUGUGUGGAUUUACUACUGUCGCAAGCACUAUCAGCGUGCCAGGUAUCGAACUGGCGAAUGGCCAUUCAGACAAUGUGAUUUGGCCAUCGAUACUAUCAAGAAUAUGCGUUCCUGGGGGGGUGUGGACAGCUUUAAUCUACAACUUCGCCGCCGAGAGACAAAGCGAUCGACAGAAGAGGAUGAGAUUUGUGAGGGGAGUGACUUGGUUGUCAAUAAUAAGCGUCGAUCCCAUGCAAGCGAUGAAGACUCAUCCGGCGACUUUGUUAUAAACCUGGAGGAUGAGCUCAGUGCUGCGGAAACCCCGGAACCUCGAGAGACCCUGAAGAAACGAUCUCCAAGAAUCACCCCUCGCCCGGUUCCAGGCUGGCUCCAUGACUAUCUUGGUGGCGAGAAGACUUUUUCAGAAAUUUUGCGCAUGCUUCGCGAUCUCCGGCAACACAUGCACGAACUGGUCGAAAACGGCGAGGAUGCCCAUUUCCCGGAUAUCGAAAUCUUGCCCAAUCUCCGCCAGAAACAUACUCAGUCUCGCCGCGAACCAAGCAAAAACCGUCGGACUACAUCUCGUGGAGGUAUUCGAAAGGUCGCAAAGAAGUAA